UAACAAGCAAACAACAAACAUGUGGAAAAUUCUAACUCUGUUGCUUGCAUUGGGUUUAGCUGCUGCACGUCCCAGCUACUUGCCCAGCUAUGAGAGCAUUGAGUAUACGCCGCAUGUGCUGGGCUAUGAGUCGUACGCGCUGCCAGCUGCAGUGUCGCAUCAAAGCUCCACUGUAGUGCAUGAGAAGCGUCCCUAUUGGCGUCCAGUGCUGUCGCCGCUGCACACACACAGCCUGUCGUAUCCUUUGAGCUAUGACAGCUCCUGGUUAGCGCCAGGCUGGAGCACUGGAUUAAGCUAUGCGCCCAGCGCUUAUCUAAAGUGAAUUUGCAAAAUAAAAAGGGCAUUGAAUUGAAUUACAAA